UCUCCCUCUCCGGAGCACCGCCCUCCUCCACCGGACUGCUCCACACCGAGCAGGACGCUCUCCACACCGCAGAGAAGCUCCCUGAGUCACCGGAGACACUGGAGGAAAACAACAGGACUUAAAGCUGGGAAAUGAGACUGGGCAUGACGGAGCGGGCCACGCUGAGGGUGUAGCCACAUCUGGCAGAGAGCGCAGAGGUCCGUACGCCACGCUGUCCGCGGCAGCGGGGAAGAUGGGAGAGGCGGAGGAGGAGAGAGACAAUGCGGGGAAGCUGUUUGAGAACUUCAUGCAGGCGUCGACCUGUAAAGGAACGCUGCAGGCGUUCAACGUGCUCUGCAGGUGUCUGGACCUGGACCCCGCAGACCACCACAGCUUCUACAGCAGCCUGAAGGAGAGGCUCACCUCCUGGAAGGCCAAGGCACUCUGGAGCAAGCUGGACAAGAGGAUGUCGAAUAAGGAGUACAAGAAGGGCCAGGCCUGUGUGGGCACCAAGUGCCUCAUCAUCGGAGGAGGCCCCUGCGGCCUGCGGACCGCCAUCGAGCUCGCCUUGAUGGGGGCGAAGGUGGUGGUGAUUGAGAAGAGGGACUCCUUUUCUAGAAACAACGUGCUCCAUCUGUGGCCCUACACCAUCCACGACCUGCGGAGCCUCGGCGCCAAAAAGUUCUACGGGAAGUUCUGUGCUGGAGCCAUCGACCACAUCAGCAUCCAGCAGCUGCAGCUGAUCCUGCUGAAAGUGGCCCUGAUUGUUGCAGUGGAGUUUCACAUCAAUGUGGAGUUUGUGAACUUGUUGGAACCGCCGGAGGAUCAAGAGAAUGAAGGACUUGGGUGGAGAGCUGCAAUCCGACCUGCCGAUCACCCCGUGGCUAACUUUGAGUUCGACGUGGUGGUGGGGGCCGACGGUCGCAGGAACACACUGGAAGGUUUCAGGAGGAAGGAGUUCAGAGGGAAGCUGGCCAUCGCCAUCACGGCCAACUUCAUCAACAGGAACACGACGGCAGAGGCCAAAGUCGAGGAGAUCAGUGGAGUGGCCUUCAUCUUCAACCAGAAGUUCUUUCUUGACCUCAAAGAAGAGAUGGGUAUCGAUCUGGAAAAUAUUGUGUACUACAAGGACAACACACAUUACUUUGUCAUGACUGCCAAGAAACAAAGUCUGCUCGACAAGGGAGUCGUCAUUAAUGAUUACGUCGACACCCAGAUGCUGCUGAGCAGCGAGAACGUCAAUCAGGAAGCUCUCCUGUGCUACGCCCGGGAGGCUGCCGACUUCGGCACCAAUUACCAGCUCCCCACGCUGGAUUUUGCCAUUAACCACUGCGGCCAGCCGGACGUAGCCAUGUUUGACUUCACCAGCAUGCACGCCUCUGAGAACGCCGCCCUAGUCAGGGAGAGGUUUGGACACCAGCUGCUGGUGGCGCUGGUCGGCGACAGUCUGCUGGAGCCCUUCUGGCCGAUGGGGACGGGUUGCGCCCGGGGCUUCCUGGCGGCCUUCGACACGGCCUGGAUGGUGAAGAGCUGGGCUCAGGGCCGGACGGCUCUUGAAGUGCUCGCAGAAAGGGAGAGUAUUUACCGGCUGCUGCCACAGACGACACCUGAAAACAUCGCCAAAAACUUUGAACAGUACACGAUCGAUCCCGGGACUCGGUACCCAAACCUCAACUCCUCCUGUGUUCGACCUCACCAGGUGCGCCACCUGUACAUCAGUGGAGAGCUUCAGCCCUCCUCUCUGGAACGUGCUGCUUCCAUCCGACGGCCGGUUAAUCUCUCCAGACGAGAGUCGGAGAUCAGACCGGCGAGGCUCCUCACCUGGUGCCAGAAGCAGACGGAGGGCUACAGGAAUGUGACCAUCACAGACCUCACGUCAUCCUGGAAGAGCGGCAUCGCCCUCUGUGCCCUCAUCCACCGGUUCAAGCCCCAGCUGAUAGAUUUCGACUCCUUAAAUGAGGAGGACCGUGUCGCGAACCUCCAGCUGGCCUUCGACGUCAGCGAGCAGGAGUUCGGGAUCAAACCGUUCACUUCGGCGGAGGAUCUGAUCGGCGAGGAGGAGCUGGAUAAGACCCGGAUGAUCGCCUACCUGUCCAAGUUCUAUGAACUCUUCCGUGGAACUCCUCUCCCUGCAUCAGGUUCCAGAGGAGUGGAUGAAAACAAUGAAGAUUAUCCUUCUAAGGAAGUCAGAAGUAAUAAUAAUGUGCUCAAUCUUGCACUGCCCAGGAAAAGAGUGCCAAAGGAUGAUAAGAAAUCAGACGGUACAGACCCAAUAUUCAAAAGGAGGCGGCACUUCUGCUAUCUGGAGGAGGCCACCAAUCUGUCCAGCAACGGCCCCCCGGUACGAGACGGUCCUGAUCCUAAGGAGAAUAAAGUUCGCUCCAUGGCCACUCAGCUGCUGGCCAAGUUUGAAGGCACACCCAACCACACCGUUCGCAAAACACAGUCAGACUGUGAGGAGUCACUGCUGUUCCACACGUUCGGCCUGACUGAGAGUCUGCCGGUUAAACUGGGGCCCCCGGUCCCACCCAAACCUCCUCCUGUGACGCAGUUUGAAGUCAGUAUCAGAAAAGCAGCGGCGCAGUUAGUCCGCCCGCCUCCAAAGACCCUGCCCAAGCCUGGGCUCCGGCCCGAGGCCCAGCAGCCGUUUCCUCUAGUGAAGCUCAGACACGUUGAUCCCACGCUCGCUGAGACGACGCCCCCGCCUCAGCCUCAGAGCGCAGACCCUCCCACUGCUCCUCCUUCUUACCAGUCCGCAAUCAGUGUCAUGUCAAGAAUCCUGCAUCGCCUCAGGGAGGUGGACGAACACGUCUCUGAGAAAAAAGCUCAGACACAACAGGUUAGAGAGUUUCAGUCAAAGAGCAUAAAGGAGAAAGCGGUGCACCUUAGGGGCCUGUUCUCAGCAGACAGCGACGCUGUGCUCAAGGGCGGCUCCGUGCGGCGGACGUUCUCCCAGUCAGGUGACAAGUGCCAUUCAUGCGAGAAGCGCGUUUACAUGGUGGAGAGGGUCUGCGCCGAGGGGCUCUUCUUCCACAGGGAGUGUUUCCGCUGUUCCACCUGCGGCUCUGCUCUCCGGCAGGGAGCGCACGCCUUCCACUCUGAAGAGGGGAAACUAUACUGCAAGCUUCACUUUGAUCAACGCAACAAUGGAACCAACCAGCGGAGGAGUUUGUCUCUGCGCUCAACCAGCUUUGGAGUUCAGGGGCGAUGUGCUGCUGACGAAGACGGCUCUCCAUCCGGCGGCGCCGCAGACCUGCAGAGUCAGCCGGCUGCAGGUACGGCCCGCUUCAGCGCAUUCAUAAAGAAACAGCUGAGCUGGCCCCUGCGUGCGACCCUCGCCGUGUGUAACUUGCCGUGGUAUCUGUCUCGUCGCGCACGCGGCGCCGUGCGGGCUCUGGGCGGCCACCUGAGGGACAACGCCCAGGACUACGCGCUGCUGUACGAGCUGCUGAGCAUGAGCUUGCCCCUGCUGUUUGUUCUACAAGAGGUGCUGCUCCAGAUGUGUGCGGAGGCCGUCCCCGACGGGCCCAGCUCCUUUCAGCCUCUGCUGCAGUGGCUGCAGGAGCAAGUCGGGUAGACGCCAACGCUAACCUCAAACGCCGCUCCAGAGCCGCCGGACGAGCGGCCGUGGCGCAUACCAGCUGGAUCGUUUUCAUUGUUUGAGCAAAAGUGCAGAAGCACCUUUGUAAUGUUUACUUCCUUCUCUGAUGACACUGUGGGUUGAGUUGCUAGUUCCUUGGUUGCGUUCACGCACCAGUUGAAACAGACACACUGUAAGUUGUUUAUGCAGAGCUUAGCGGUUUACAUUGGAGGAUUCAUCAGAAAAUUACAGCUGCAACAGCAGAGUGUUGCUGCGGCCUUUGACAGGGGAACAGUGCAGUACUAAUUAAUACGAGUGAAGAACCUGAAACUAGUCGACGUUCAAACAAAAUGUACCUCAGUAAGUGCAUUGAAGACUUUAAACUGCUGAAGUUUCUAAUAAACAUCGCUGUGGAGCGGAAGUUUUCACAGCGUGACUUAGGACAUUUUUCACGCAGUUGAUUUCUGAACUCGGGUUAUGACUGAUUAACUUGAUGCACUUUAUCACUGAGAACUGCCCUGUUGAUGCAGCAGUAAACUGUCACAUCCUGGUCUCAGGUUAGCAGUGACCACAAAACAGGUUUUCCUCUGAUGAUGCAUGUGUGCAGAUGUGCCAGAUGUUUUUUUUUUUUUUUCUAAUGUAAGCAUGUGUGUGUUUUACUGGCAACAACUUUUGUUUAUUCAAAAGAGGUUUUAUAUAUUUUUCAUUGAUUUUUUUUUUUUUUUUUUAACUGAAUAUCACCAAAGAAUCUCUGAAACUGUGGACUCUCAUCAGUACUGUGGAGUAUUUUGUUCUUUGCUGCCAUCUACUGUUGACUUGGGAAACAAAAACAAAAAAAAAAAACAUGAAGGGACAUUGAGCAACCCCACCUUUUCAUCUUCAAUCUUUCAGUUAUACACAA